AUGCCUCUUUGGAAGAUCUACCAUAGCGCAGACGCGUUCACCACCCAAGAAGAAAAGGAUGCUGUUGCCCGUGGUGCAACCGAGUUCUAUGUCUCCAAGGGCCUUCCGUCAUUUUACGUCCACGUCAUCUUCUUCCCCAUUGCCAACGAGAACAAAUUCACAGGCGGCACGUCGCAAUCACGCUUUGUCAUCAUUGAACUUGCGCACAUUGCAAGAAAUUGGGACGGCGACCAAAAAAGAGCGACGGUAAUCAAGGAUAGCAUCGAUCGCGUCAUGCGACCAUUUACAAUUGACAAGGGAAUCCAUCUCGAGUACGCAGUCCUUGAGGGGCCGGCGGCUUUAUGGAGAAUCGACGGGAUCGACCCGCCGGAAGCAUUUGGGCCCGAUGAGCAGGAGCAAGCCGAGGUAAACCGAAAGAUUCUGCAUGACAAGUAUGGUGCCUAA